ACACCCACACUCUUAAUUCUUAUAACCAACAACAAACAUCUCUUCUGCAUCAUCAAAUCCCCAUUUCUCUUUCUUCUUUCUCUCUCUUAUUACUCUCUCUAACCCAUAAGAAAAGAACCCCACAAAAUAACAACCAUGCCUGAAGCACCCAAAGAAACUACCAUGGAUGAAAAGAACAAGAAAGUUCUUAACUUGAUAGAAGAAGUAACAGAAAAUGCUGAUGAAAUUCAAAGGAAGGUUCUAAAUGAAAUAUUAAGUAGAAACUCUAAUGUAGAAUACCUUCAAAGACAUGGUCUUAAUGGUGCUACUGACAGAGAUUCCUUCAAAAAAUUAAUCCCUGUUAUUAAAUAUGAAGAUAUUGAACCUGAUAUUACUCGUAUUGCUAAUGGUGAUAAAUCUCCUAUUCUUUCCUCUCACCCCAUCUCUGAAUUCCUUACUAGUUCAGGAACAUCAGGAGGAGAAAGAAAAUUGAUGCCAACAAUUGAAGAGGAUUUAGACAGAAGAUCUAUGUUAUACAGUUUACUUAUGCCAGUAAUGAGUCAAUUUGUACCUGAUUUAGACCAAGGAAAAGGGAUGUAUUUCUUGUUCAUAAAAUCUGAAGCUAAGACCCCAGGUGGGCUUUUAGCCCGGCCUGUUUUAACCAGCUAUUAUAAAAGCUCACAUUUCACAAACCCCCCAUUUGAAUCGUACACCAAAUACACUAGCCCAAAUGAAACCAUCCUUUGCCUUGACUCUUACCAAUCCAUGUACUCACAAAUGCUCUGUGGCCUUUACCAACAUAAAGAGGUUCUCCGGGUCGGGGCGGUUUUUGCCUCGGGCUUUAUCCGGGCCAUCAAGUUUCUCGAAAAACAUUGGGCUUUACUAGCACACGAUAUCCGGGUCGGGUCAUUAAAUCCACAAAUAACCGACCCGUCCGUCCGCGAUGCUGUGGGUCGAAUUGUUAAACCUGACCCUCAGCUUGCGGAUUUUAUCGAAUCGGAAUGUAGCAAGGAGUCAUGGCAAGGGAUAAUUCCUAGGCUUUGGCCUAACACAAAGUACAUAGACGUUAUUGUGACAGGGACCAUGGCACAAUAUAUUCCAACACUUGAUUAUUAUAGUAAUGGGUUACCCCUUGUGUGUACUAUGUAUGGGUCUUCUGAAUGUUACUUUGGUCUAAAUUUAAACCCAAUUUGUAAACCUAGUGAAGUAACAUAUACACUUAUUCCUACCAUGGGUUACUUUGAGUUUUUACCGGUUCAACGCAACAUUAAUGGUGUUACAAAUUCAAUUUCCAUGCCUAAAUCUCUUACUGAGAAAGAACAGCAAGAUCUUGUUGAACUUACUGAUGUCAAACUUGGCCAUGAGUAUGAGCUCGUCAUCACUACUUAUGCAGGUCUAUACAGGUACAGGGUAGGUGACAUUUUAAGGGUGGCAGGUUUUAAAAACAAGGCACCCCAAUUUAGCUUUGUAUGCCGGAAAAACGUUGUUCUAAGCAUAGAUUCCGAUAAGACCGACGAGGUCGAGCUCCAAAACGCAGUGAAAAAUGGGGUAACCCAUUUGCAGCCAUUCGACACGAUUUUGGUGGAGUACACAAGUUACGCCGAUACCACAACGAUACCAGGCCAUUAUGUGCUCUUCUGGGAAUUAAGCCAAAAUGUUUCCAUGAAGAUUCCCUCCUCGGUUUUCGAGGAUUGUUGUUUGGCAGUUGAAGAGUCACUUAACUCGGUUUAUCGACAAGGAAGAGCAUCAGACUCAAUUGGACCAUUGGAGAUUAAGAUUGUUGAAAAUGGUACCUUCGAUAAGUUAAUGGAUUUUGCCAUUAGUUUAGGGGCAUCCAUUAAUCAAUAUAAGACUCCUAGGUGUGUGAAAUAUGCACCCAUUGUAGAGUUGUUGAAUUCAAGAGUGGUUUCAAGUUAUUUGAGUCCGAAAUGUCCUAAAUAUGUUUCGGGUCAGCAAUGGUUUAAUGGUAAUGAAUAGAAAUGAGAACACUAUGAAAAUUAAUUAAUUAUGUGAGGUUUUCUUAUGGGAUGUUUCUAGGAACAUUUCAAAGAGGUCACUCCUUUAGAUGUGAUAUGAGUAUCCGAUUUAAUGUUAGUUUUUUUUAUUAUUUUUUUUCGCGAUUAUGUAUGAAUUAUUGUAGAACUUGUUCAGAUGGAUGAUUAGAGAAACUUUAAAAAUUGUAGGCUCUUUUUUGUACAAAUGAACUUAUUCUUUCUUAAUUUUUUAAGGAAGAAAACUUUUCUUGUAUUGAUGUGAUAAUGUUAACAAUUGUAUCUCAGUCUAAUUAAUGUGAAUAAUUGUUUUAUAAUAAAAAGUAUUUUACAA